UUUUUUCUUAACUUUUCGUCAUGAUCCUCAAGAUAUUCCUUACUCUUCUCUUAUACUGGAUCUAUUUAGUUAGAGUAAGAUGUGAAACGGAGCCAGUAGACUUUGAGAAUAAUGAUUAUUAUCAUUUUCAUUUCUCAGAAGAUGUUGAUAUUGAGGAUUUUUCGCGGGCGUUAGGAUUCAAAUAUCAUGAGAAACUAGAAUAUCUGGAUAACCAGCAUAUAUUUUCUAUAGAAAAGGGUGUUUUAGAAGACGAAAUUAAAGAAAAAAUUGAGAAUUAUUUUGGUUUAGAAAAAGGAAGAAAUGCAAUAGAUGGGUUUAAUAGUGACAAGCUUUUUUAUUAUGAGAAACAAAAGUUGGUCAAGCGAGAAAACAGGGGUGUGAUAAGAGACGAUAUAUAUUUUGAUAAUGAAGGUCUUUAUAAUAGAAGGGUUGUCAAGAAUGUUGUAAAAGAUCCGACGGUAGAUCUGCCGGUAAAUCUAACACAGAAGUUAGAGAAAAUUAAAAAAGAAUUAGAUAUAAAGGACCCUCUUUUUGAUAAACAAUGGUAUUUGUUCAAUACACAAAGACCUGGUGUAGAUAUAAAUGUUGUAGAUUUAUGGUUAGAAGGGAUAAGGGGAAAAGGUAUAACAGUUGCCAUUGUAGAUGAUGGCUUAGAUUAUACUAACAAGGAUUUGGCUCCAAAUUAUAAUGCCAAUGCUUCAUAUGAUUUUAGUGAUAAAAUUCCUGAUCCAAGACCUAAAUUUUUUUAUAACAUACAUGGUACUAGAUGUGCAGGAGAAGUGGCAGCCGCCAAGAAUACUCUGUGUGGGAUUGGUGUUGCAUAUGAAUCUAAGAUUUCAGGAUUACGAUUUAUGUCUUCCUCUGUUACUGCUUCGGUUGAGGGAAGGGUUUUUACUUAUAAAUAUGAUGUUAACUAUAUUUAUUCUUGUAGCUGGGGGCCUUCCGAUAUUGGAAAUAUAACUGAAGCUAUUCCUUAUUCUACAUAUUCUGCAAUUAUUAAAGGGAUAAAUGAAGGAAGGAAUGGUCUUGGUUCUAUAUAUGUUUUCGGAUCAGGAAAUGGUGGGUAUUAUGAUAAUUGUAAUUACGAUGGAUACAUAAAUAGUCCAUAUACUAUUACUAUUGCUGCUGCAGAUGCAGAAGAAGAAGAUUUUUUCUUUUCAGAGCAAUGUCCUUGCAGUCUAGCUUCUACAUAUUCUGGUGGGGAAAAUGGAUAUAUUUAUACUACGGAUGUUAAGACAGAAUGCACCUCUUUACAUACUGGAACUUCUGCUUCUACACCGAUUGCUGCGGGCAUUAUCGCUCUUGUUCUUUCAGUAUGUCCUGAUCUUACAUGGCAUGAUAUUCAAGCUUUGAUUGUGGAGACAGCUAUCCCGUUUAAUUUGAAACAUUCUGGAUGGGAAAAACUUCCUUCUGGACGUUAUUAUAGUAAUUAUUUUGGUUUUGGGAAACUAGAUGCAUAUGCAAUGGUCAAAAAAGCAAAAACAUUUAAAAAAUUAAAUCGUCAGACAGUGUUUUCAACUCCAUUAAUACGUGUUAAUAAGAAAUUUUCUGAAAACGAUGGACAUAUCACAAGCACUUUUUAUAUUCAUAGUGGAUAUCCUAAGCAUUAUAACUUUAAAAAUUUGGAAUAUGUUUGUGUUUCAUUUUGUUAUACGCACGAAUAUAGAGGUCGUUUGGAGUUUAAUAUUACCAGCCCUGCUAAAGUUACUUCACAUUUAGCACAUAGACGUCCUAUUGAUAGAAAUUCUGGCACUAUUUAUUGGACUUUUAUGACUGUAAAGCAUUGGGGAGAAUCCAUUGUAGGUAACUGGACUAUUGAUGUUGAAGAUAGAAAGGAUUCGGAUCUAGAUGGUGAAGUUUUUGAUUGGCAACUUCAUUUUUUCGGAGAGUCUUUUGAUUCAAAUAAAGUACCAGUUCUUUCAUAUCCUUUUAUAACUAGAUAUCCAACUACUACGCCUCCACCAGAUCCAGAUGCUACACUUCCAUCAACUCCAAGUUCUACAUCUUCAUCAAAACUGUCACCACCACCUACACCUCAACCAGAGCCAGAACCACAACCGGAACAGAAACCGACAUCAAUAGCUUCAUCUACAACAUCAACUAAUUUAAUUCCACCAGCUCCCACAUCUUCAUCAAGCAAAACUAAAACAUCAACCACUCGAAAAGCUUCAUCUACUAAAACUUCAUCUACUACAAAAACCUCUACACGGCCAUCUCCUACUAAGGGCACUUCUACUGGAUCAGGUGCUUCUCAUCUUUCAUUCUUCGAAAAAAGGCAUUUGUUACUUCAAAUGAUAUUAUUAAAACGGACAUCUCACAGUGAUAGAUUUUCUAUAACUGAAACUCUUAAUAAUAAAUCUGAUACAAAUAUAUCUCAAGAAACUGAAAAGGCUACUAUAUUGAAAGAAAUCGUUAAUUCAUUCAAUAUUAGUGAUACUGCUGAUUUUGAUCUACAUGUACAGUGUACUCUUUAUAUUUAA